AUGGAAAUAAGAAAUAUGAAAAGGAGACACGAAUGGAGUGGUCAACUCUUGAAGGAACUGUUGAAAAGACCUUAUGAAGCAUUCGCAGGAUAUGGGGCUGUUCCAGCUACAUUUGAUGCAGAAAUAUAUAAUGUUUUUGACCUUGAUCAACCAGACGCUCCAGGAGACGACAAGCCUCCAAAGAUAGCUGGUUCUGCCUUGCAAAUGAUGUGGGAUAUAAAGUGGUUUCAGUAUAUUGGAAGCCUUGUGCCACAAGACUUUUACUUAAGAACCGACAAAAAGGGCAAAACUGCAAGGGAAAUAUUUGAGGAAGAACACAAAGAUCUCAAGAAGAAAAGUAGCGAUUGGCUGAAGGAAACAUCUCAAUCUUCAUCUGUUGUGGCUGGUUUUGUUGCUGGUGUUUCCUUUGCUACGGUCAGCUCCAUUCCCGGUGGCACCGACGAAAAAGGUAGGCCUCAUUUAGAAGGCAAACCUGCUUUCGAUGUAUUUGCCGUUGCUUCACUUGUUGGACUUUGCUCCUCUGUCACUGGGCUCAUACUGUUUCUUACCGUCCUCAAUUCUGGAAAGCAAUCCAAAGAUUUUCGCAGAAAUUUGCCAUUCAAAAUUCUUCUAGCCCUCAGUUCUCUUUUUGUAUCCAUUGCUGCAGUGUUUGUCUCUUUCUGCUCCGGUCAUUACUUUCUGCUUAGUCACAAACACAAGACGGUUCUAUUCGCCAUUUAUGCAGCCACUUUUUUUCCAGUCCUGUUGUAUGCGGUGGAGCAGUUUCCACUAUACUUUGAUCUUAUAAUAGUCAUUUUAUCUAAGGUUCCAUGGGCAACCGGUAGAGAAGACAAGCUGUAGCAGCUAAGCUACUACAUUUCAUCAUUCAUGCAGCCAUUCUUGGUGUGAAUAAUCAUGUAACUUUUCUAGCUAUGAAAAAUAGCAUUUGAAUUGUAGCAAUGUUUUGUUGGUUGCUUGUAAAGUUGCA